AUGAAGUGGUUUCCCGGUAAUGUAACUACGGCAAUUCAAGUUUCUCGAACAAAUAAGUCUCUUCUGAUAGUUUACAUCACAAACGAUACGGAGGAUGGGCGACUUUUCGAUGAAUACUGGCAACAUAUUGACUCUUCAAACCUCCUGUGUCCAGUUGUUGGUAUCAAGUUGAUAGCCGGGGAAACUGCAGCUAAACAAUUCGCAGAUAUUUAUCCUACUCCUAUCGUACCUGCGGCUUAUCUUAUUGACCAAAAUGGAAAGCCAAUCGAAGUGAUCACAACUCUAGUUGGAAAAACUUAUGACCAAUUUCGUGCCAAAUUCGACAAAGCUACUGCUCAAUUCAUUAAUUCAACUCUCGCAUCAGUGAAACCCACGUCAUCGGCUUCAUCGACUACUGCUCCAGUGUCGAGUCCUGCUGCAAGGCAAGAACCUGUACCUGUUUCACAGGAAACUAGUGCAGAAAUUGCUGAAAAAGUAGCACGAGCUAAGUCUUUAUUGGAACAGAAGAAAUUAAAAGAUGCUGAAAAACAACGAGAAGCUGCAAAGCAAAUGAAAGAAGAAAUUUCUAAGGCGCGCGAAGCUAAGCAAGAUAGGGACGAUAAAGCACUCAUGGAAGCUGCAAAGCAAAGAAAGAUGGAAAAGUUGGAAGCGGGAAAAGAAAAAGAAAGAAUUUUAGCUCAAAUCAAAGCAGAUAGAAAAGAUGCACAGAAACGUUUUGGAAAUGCAACGAACGUCGAAACAAAUACCGACAAGAAAGAAAGCACAUCUAGUUCUAUUGUUGGAAAAGCAGUACCCUCGGAUAGAUGUCGUCUACAAAUUCGCUUGCCGAACGGGUCCACCUUCGUUGAAGAAUUUCCAUCAAACGAUGUCCUCAACUCUCUCGUUGAAAUUAUUCGCCAAAAACCUUCCAUUGCCGGUGAUGCUUUCGAGAUUCAACAGCCUUAUCCACGUCGUGUGUUCACAGUUGAAGAUUACUCCAAAUCGUUUAUUGAUAACCUUCUGACACCCUCUACUGCACUAGUCGUUGUACAAAAAUCUUCUGGUUCAUCUCGUCCCGGUUCUGGAUCAUUUGCACUGAACACAUCGAGUUUGAAUUUAUUCGCAUGGCUGUUUUAUCCUUUCAGUGCUAUUUGGAGUGUUUUUUGUGGUAUGCUGGGAUGGGGACAGGCCAAUAAUAAUAAAAAAGAUAAUGACGUAUCGACUGAACAAAGAUCUGAUGCUGGUCCGCCUCGACGUGGAAUGCCAAGAAGUGCGGAAGUUCGCCGAAGAGGAAAUGUCGCAGGUCUCGAAAACCCGAAUGACGAUGACCCAGAAGAGAGAGCAAGUUUCAAUGGAAAUUCAACUCAGUUUAUGUAA